AUGUCUCGCCGCCUCCUCCCCUCUCCAAUUUCGCUGAGACGGGUCGCCCUUAUCCAAGUCCGCCACAACAGCACUAUUGUCGGCACCAGCGCGAAAGGGUCGGUAAUCAAUGUCCAGCAGAUCCCCGCGCCAGGAGCAGGGCAUAUCCGAGUGCUUCUAUUGAAUAGACCAGAAGCCCGAAAUGCUAUUUCGCGCCAGCUACUGGACAGCUUGACCAAGCAUGUCAACUCGGUUGAGGCUGAACAAGGGGAUGGGCCGACACGAGCAUUGAUUCUCGCUAGCAAUGUGGAUGCGUCAUUUUGCGCUGGGGCAGACUUGAAAGAACGGGCGGGGUUUACAAGACAAGAAACCGAAGCAUUCCUUGCCCAACUCCGUCAAACGUUCGCCAGCCUUGCUGCCCUUCCAAUCCCCACAAUCUCAGCCAUCUCCUCCAUGGCUUUAGGAGGCGGACUCGAGCUCUCCCUGACCACCAACCUCCGCGUCUUCAGUUCAACAAGCAUCGUCGGCCUGCCUGAAACCCGACUGGCCAUCAUCCCUGGUGCGGGAGGCACCUACCGACUGCCCAGACUCAUUGGCGAAAACCGGGCACUGGAUAUGAUCCUCUCCGGUCGCAGAGUCAGUGGCGCAGAGGCAUACUUUCUCGGACUCUGUAACCGGUUAGUGGAGAUCACCCCGGAGGAAGGUGCGAAGCCAGGCGCUGCGAGGGAGAAAGUUCUGCAGGAGAGCAUCAAGCUCGCUCUAGAUAUCUGUGAGGGCGGUCCGAUUGCGUUGAGGCAAGCCCUGAAGGCGGUCCGUGGGUUCGAGAAGGGCGCAGAAGCGGAGAACGAGGCAUAUUUGGGCGUUGUGGAGACGGAGGAUCGGUUUGAGGCGCUCAAGGCCUUUGCGGAAAAGAGGAAGCCUUACUUUAAGGGCAGGUGA